AUGAGGUGGUUACCUACAGUCCUGUUACUUGUGUCUGUCAUAAUCGACCAGUCCUGCGCCGAUCGGGUUCUCGUUUUAGGAGAAACUGCGGCAAUCAAGGAUUCGCACUCUCAAUUUCUGAAUUCCAUCAAAGAACGAGGUCAUGAAUUGACUAUCCGUACCGCCGAUGACUCUCAACUUGCUCUGUUCAAACAUGGACAGCUGAUUUUCGAUCAUCUUUUUGUUCUUGCUCCCGGAGUUCAAGUUUUUGGAGGUUCUCUUACCCCAUCAGAGAUUUCCAAAUUUGUCGAUGAAGGAGGAAACGUGCUUGUAGCCGCCGAUUCCAACAUUGGCGACGCUCUUCGUGAACUCGCGGUGGAACAUGGAUUCGAAUUCGAUGAGGCUGGAACUUCAGUGAUCGAUCAUCACAAUUACGAUCAAUCUCUCGAUCCUGGAGAUCACACCACCGUCGUUGUUGGCAAAGAUCAACUUAUCAGCGCUGAGUUGAUUGUUGGAAACUCUGCAAAGCUUGGACCAGUUAUUUUCAAGGGAAUUGGUUUGGUGGCUGGAAAAACCAACAAUCUCGCUUUGAGCAUCGUGAAAGCUUCAGGAACUGCAUACUCGUUUGAUCCAAAAGCUACUCGGGUGGUGAAUCCAUCAAUUGCUGGAUCACGAACUCUUCUUGUCGGAGGUCUCCAAUCUCGUAACAAUGCUAGAAUUGUCUUCUCUGGAAGUACUGACUUGUUCUCUAAUGCUUUCUUCUCUGCCCAAACCAACUCUGUGAAUCCUGCUGUCGGCGCAGCUGCUUCUGGAAACGCUGAACUAGCUAGUGCCAUCGCUAAAUGGGUUAUGAAGGAGAGCGGAGUACUUCGUGUCAAAUCGGUGAACCAUCAUAAGAAAGGAGAGACUAUGCCACCCGCAGAAGACUACUUCAUCGCUGAAGACGUUGUUUACACUAUCGAGAUUGAGGAGCUCAAAAAUGGAAAGUGGGUGCCAUUCCACGGAAAAGAUGUGCAGCUAGAGUUUGUUCGUGUCGAUCCCUUCGUGAGAGCUACGCUUAAAAACAACAACGGACGUCUAUCCGCCGCCUUCAAACUUCCGGACGUUCUCGGAGUCUUCAAAUUCCUUGUAGACUACAGAAGAGUCGGAUACACUCAUGUUUAUGACGUCCUACAGGUCUCCGUGCGCCCUCUUUGGCAUACGCAGUACGAACGCUUCAUCCGUUCUGCCUACCCAUAUUAUGCUUCUUCGUUCUCUAUGAUGGCUGGUCUCGUGUUGUUCUCGAUUGUCUACCUCUACCACAAGGACACUCCAGUAAAGGGAGCCAAAGUUCUGGAUUCUGAGAAGAAGAAGAAUUAG